AUGUCAGGAAAUCAUAUAUUCAUAAAAAAAUCAAAUACUUCGCCACCUAAAAUAGAUAGUUUUUCUAAAAGGAAUUCAUCCUUUGAAGAAAAGACUCACUGUCAAGCAAAACAUAAUGAAUUAUGUAUUGAAAAUGGUAUAAAAAAUUUGUCAGAUAAACAUAAAAAUCAAUCAUUUUCUAAAGGAGAAAUAGAUACACCAAAUAGGACAUUAUCUACACCGAAUUCACAAAAACCAAGUCAUAAUCUUUUAUUAUCUUUUAAUUCACCAACAGUACCUUUUGUUACAUCUAGUAUGAAGUUACCGCCUCUUCCACCAUCUACUCCAACAGAAACGCAAAAACUUUUAUUAGACAUGAGUCCAGAACCUGUUUUUGUAACACCAAGGAGUAUUCCGAAAUAUACAUUACAUGACCUUGAAAAAGAAAGAUCAAAGUUGCGUACAGAAAUAGUAAAUUUGGAAUCUCAAUUGCGAGGCCGUGAAGCAGAGAUUAAUGAACUUCGUAUGCAUGUUGCAAAAAUCGAAAACAUUGUUUCUAUAAUGGAACGUGAGAAAAAUGAUCUUAUUAUUUCAUGGGAAAAGGAAAGACUUGAAUUUAAAAAUUUGGCGUCCUUAUCCGCAGAUUCAAAAACUACAUCACCGAUUAUCGAUCAGGCACUUUUAACAGAAUUAGAAACUAAACAUCAAGAGCAAUUGACUAAUUUAGCAAAUGACUUACAUCGUCAAUAUUCCCAGAAACACCAUCAAAAAGUUCAAGCACUUAAAAUCAGUUAUGAAAAAAAAUAUGAAGCUAAAAUUAAUACCCUUCAAGAAAAACUAGAAGAAACCAAUAGAAUGCUAGAGAAUGAACAGAAGGAAAAAAUGGAAAUUAUUUCAAUGAGCGAAGAACUUAUGAAAGUAAUGGAAGAACGAGGAGAAAAAGAACAAAAAAAAUAA